CUCAUGAGUAGACAAAACUUUUGUAUGGAGACGAUUUUGACAACUCAACAGUGGCUUAAAGUCUAUUCUCGCAGUUCUUUUUGAAAUUCAACUCUAUAGAGAAAGUAUAACUCCGUGCCUGUGUAAGGCAGACGCAUUAUUAAAUAAGAUUUGAAAAGCUCAGAAAUCAUAUAACUUUAAGUUCGGGAAAUUUCAAAUUCUAACUUUUAAUUUUUAAAAAACGCUAAUUUUCUGGGUGACGCAAUAUUCAAUUUAUCUCCAAUUUUACGAUAUGUAUAAAACAGCAUUACUGUUUUAGAAAAUGCGGUUUUUUUUGUUAGAAACGGAAACAAAAUAAAUUUUUGUAUUGAUUUGAUAAAUUCGUAUUUUUUAUUUUGUAAAGCAGUAUUAAUGAAUAAAAAAAAUGGCCUUUUGGAUGGUAAAAAGUGAGCCUGAAGAAUAUUCCAUUAAUAAAAUGAAAGAAGAACAAAUUGGAAAGUGGGAUGGUGUUAAAAACUAUCAAGCUCAGAAAUACAUGAAAACCAUGAAGGUAGGGGAUCAAGCAUUGUUUUAUCAUACAGGUAAAGAGAGAGCUGUUGUUGGUAUCGUUAAAGUUUUUAAGGAAUACUAUUACGACGAUGACCCGAAAUUUGGCUUGGUAGAUUUCGAGUUUUAUAAAAUUUUCAAUAAAAAAGUCAACCUACGAGAUAUUAAAGUAAACUCACAUUUGACGAACAUGACAAUAAUAAAGCAACCACGUCUCUCGAUUUCUUCUAUAUCUGAAGAAGAAUUUAAUGAAAUAGUACGUUUAAGUGAAAUUGACUAAAUAAAUAAAUAUACUAUGUGUCAAAA